AUGCCAGUGUUUCAAAACGACAUGGCUGGAACCCUUCAGCAACCUACUACCUCAUCAGCAUCCUCAUCACCAAUCAACCCAAAUUUAAGCUCAAGAAAUAAAGAUUUGAUCUCAUCACCAACACGUCCACCAUUAAUCCCAUUGAAUAGAAACCUUGAUGAUGACAAUUUUGCAAGUGAUGACUCCAAAGAAGACCUUUCAAGAUUGAUCUCUAAGCCAGCUCCAGUUCAAGAUGAUCUUCCAGUAUCAGGAAACAAGACACCAUCUUCUUCUGAUAUGUUAUACUACUAUGAAAGAUUAUUACCAUUCAGAUACAUUUUCCAAUGGCUAAACCACUCUCCAAAACCACAAAAGGAUUUCACCAUGAGAGAAUUUGCAUAUGAGUAUAGAUCAGGUGCAUAUCAACGUUAUAAUUCAUUUGCUACAUUAGAAGAUUUUAAAGCUUCAGUUAUGAAAGCUAACCCAACAAGAUUCGAAGUUGGUGCUGUUUAUGCAGUCAAUCCAAAAGAUAGAAAAACUCUACCGAAAACUGCAAUGAAACCAUUGGAGAAAGAAUUGGUCAUUGACAUUGAUUUAACAGAUUAUGAUGAUAUUCGUACAUGUUGUUCCAAGACACAAAUCUGUACCAAAUGUUGGAAAUUUAUCACAGUGGCUACUAAAAUUAUAGAACAAGCUUUAAGAGAAGAUUUCGGAUUUGAACAUAUGGUUUGGGUCUUUUCUGGUAGACGUGGUGCGCAUUGUUGGGUUAGUGACAAAAGAGCUAGACAUUUAGAAGAACCGAAAAGAAGAGCAAUCGUGGAAUAUCUUGAUAUACUGAAAAAUAAAGGUAACAAGAGAUUGAAUUUACGUCGUCCAUAUCAUCCACAUAUCGAACGUUCAUAUGAAAUUUUAAAACCUGAAUUUUUGGACAUUAUAUUGACAGAACAAGAUCCAUGGGCCGAUGAUGUUAAAGCUGAAGAAUUAUUGAAAUCAUUACCUGAUAAAAACUUGAAUGAUGCUUUAAGAAAAUUAUGGAGCUCAUCACCUGGUAGAUCUAGUAUUCAAAAAUGGAAAGAUAUCGAUGAGACUUCCAAAAAAAUUGCAACAAAAACCUUCAAUUAUAGAACAAUAGUGGAAGCUAAACAGGAUAUAAUUUUAGAAACUAUGUAUCCAAGAUUAGAUGUUGAAGUUACUCGUCAAAUGAUCCAUUUGUUGAAAUCUCCAUUUUGUAUUCACCCAAGUACUGGUAAUGUCUGUGUUCCAUUUGAUGCAUCACAAGGAUUUGAUCCUACAAAUUCUCCAAAUUUACGUCAAAUUCAACAUGAAAUUAAUAAAUGGGAAAUUGAACAUCAAGGAAUUCCACAAGAUAAGAAACUCCAUGAUUGGGAUAAGACUUCAUUAAAACCAUCAGUUGAUUUAUUUGCAAAAUUCGUUCAAGGUGUUAUAAAAUCUGAAAGAAGUGCUAAACGUGAACGUGAUGACGAUGAAGAAGAUCUGGAGUUUUAG